UACCCCCCGCAUGUUUACAGCCUGUAUAUAACUGGCUGGAUUCCUGCCCUCAUGGCCGCUGCAUCUCCAUCUUCAUCUCAACAUAAGCCUUCCUCACUCUCAGACAAAACACCUCAAUCAGUCCCAGUCCUAUCCAAUCCACUCCACUCCAAUCCACUCCAAUCCACUCCGGUCUCUUACUUCAAACUCCAUCAACAUGUCCACCACCACCCAAGUCGACGACAGCAAGCAGUGGGACCGUGCCCAGAGUGUCGACAACAUCAGCAGCACCCCGACAGGCGUUACCGGUGUCCCCCUCGAGUACUUUGAGAAACUCCAUGGCGCCCGUUUCAACCCCGCCAAAACAUUCGGUAACCCUGCACCAGUAGCUCUCGCCGGCCUGGUCAUGUGCUUGACGCCGCUCUCCUGCCAGCUCAUGGGAUGGCGAGGCUCGGACAGCAGCGGAGCGGCCAACAACGGUGCCCACAUCUUCUGCGGAGGACUGCUCCUCCUCCUCGGCGGUAUCCUCGAGUUCUUCCUCGGCCACACCUUCUCGUUCGUCGUCUUCUCCGCGUACGGAGGAUUCUUCUUCGCCCUCGGAGCCACCCUGAUGCCCUUCUUCAAUGCCACUCCCCCCUACGCCGGUGCCGAAGGCGGCCUGACCACCGAAUUCUACAACUCGUUCGGCUUCUUCUACCUCUUCAUCGGCCUGCUCUCCGUCCUCUUCCUGGUCUGCAGCAUCCGCACCAACAUCGUCCUCGUCGUCCUCUUCCUCGCCUACUCGAUUGCCUUCCCGGUCCUCGCUGCUGCCGACUGGCAGCGCGGCCAGCACAACGAGGCGUCCGCACACACCCUCGAGGUCACCGCCGGUGCCGCUUGCUUCGUCGUCUCCCUCUGCGGCUGGUACGCACUCGCCGCCUCCCUUCUCGACUCGGUCGACAUGCCGAUCUCGCUGCCAAUGGGUGACUUGAGCAAGUUGAUCCCUGCUCGUAAGGCGGUCGACGAGGAGUCCCGAUAAUUUCGUGGUGGAUUCUGAUUAUUAUUUUUGCUGGUGUUACUGGUGGGGAGUGCGAUGAUGAUGAAUCUUUUUCCUUUGCUUGGGUUGUUUUUCCUUUGGGGUUUAAUUGGAGCCACUGUAUAUAAUAAAGGCUACAAAAGUUUGACUUUUUAAAACUUUCUUCUCGUUCGUUUCUCGUGAGAAGGUGUUUGCUCUACCUACGUGAUCGUUUCAGUCCACUGGUGAUAUUUUUG